CAACUUCCAUCCCUUUGCAAUUUAGGUGGGCUCUCUGAAAGUCCAUCUAAUAAAUUCCCGGCUAUGGCUUCUUCAAGGGAAUGGGCAAGUUUCAUAUCCUCCGUUGCUUCUGGCAUAUAUUUCCUUAUCAUCAUCUUUCAAGUUCCACUUUUCAGAUUUUGAAAUUGAUAGGGCAUUUUCUUUCGCUUAUAUUAUCUACGAUGAUUAAGAGGGUUUGAUCUCACACACAUGAAAGGAAGAGAAGUGCAACAUCAAAAGAUGGUCACGUGUAGCUCUGGAAUAUGCAGAACACCUCUACAAGUGACAUGCUCACAAUUGAUAGCGAGUGAACUCUUUCCCGCCGUUGUAGUGAAGGCUCUGCUCUAUCCAGGAGCCAUUGCAAAUGCUUUCUUUAAGAACAAGCCGAUCCCAAGCUUCAACAACUUGCUAAAGUUAUAUAAGUUCACCAAUGUGAAGGCAGCUCCUGCAACAUCUGAUCUCCAGCGCAUAGAGGUUCUUGCGGGGAGUUAUUUAUCCAUUGCAGGAGCAAUUUUUGGUCUUUUAAAGCCAGGGAGAAUGAGCCUUUUUGGUACACUUCUUAUAUUAUGGGGCCUCGUUAGGGAAGCCAUUAUGAGAAAAUCAACUAGCAUAGAUCCUGCUAGAGCAAUUUAUAUGUACCCAAUGAUGUUAAUAGCUGUCAUUUCUGCCUUCUUGUCUAUAAGAAAGGAUGUUAGAAAGAUAGUUCGAAGCUACAGAAGUAAGACAAACACGAAGCAUUCAUGGACUCGUUUAAAAGCAAAACAGGUAUGAGUCAUUGUGCCAACAAUUGGAAUUUUGUUCAACCCAUCUCCCACCUUUUAAGGAGAUGGACUAGUUGUAGUUGAAAUGUUUCAUACAUAUAUAUGCAUGAGACAAGAUUUUGACUUGUAUAAGUAAAAUAGCGAAGAUAUCUUUAUCCUUUCUGGAUGCAUUGUGAAGAAAGGAAAUUUUAAUUAGUUGAAGAUUCCUAUGAUGAAGUUGUUUUCAAGAA